GCGAGACAGAGACAGCGCCGACCUUGACUGACAGAAGCAGAUUUUGGCGCUGUCGCAAGCAAGUCCUGGCCCGAAACGACAGUCCUCAGUUCACUAUCCGCUCCACGAUGCAGAGCUCGACGUUUACCGUGGCUCCUCACGUGCUAGAGCAGGCGUACAAGGCCAUCCGGACGACGCCGCCGGAGCCCAAGGACUUGGAGCAGUCGGCCAAGCUUCAAACCUUCAUGGACGAGCACUUCCCUACCGAGUCGGACGCCAACAUCACUCGCCGUUCUCUGAUCCUAGCCGAACUUCGUUCCAUUUUCCGCGCCUGGGUCAAGCAGGUUUGUAUGGAGAAAGGCGUUCCAGAGGAGAUGGCGGCAGAUGCAGGCGGCCAGAUCCUCGUCUCGGGUUCCUACAGACUCGGCGUCAACGAGCCUGGAGCUGAUAUCGAUACUAUCUGCGUGGCCCCGCGCCACGUGACGCGCGAGGAUUUCUUCUCUUCACUUAAGGAGAUUUUCCUGAAACAUCCAAAGGUUUCACAGCUCGUGGCUAUCGAAGGCGCCAUCGUACCCCUGAUCACCUUUGACUACGAGGAGAUUAACAUCGAUCUGCAGAUUGCCAUCUUGCCACGGAACUCCAUCCCAGAGAAUCUCAAUAUACUGGACGAUCACGUGCUUGUUGGAGUGGAUCCAGCCACGGAGAAGAGUCUCAACGGUCCUCGAGUCACGGAACUCAUGAUCAAGUUGACACCCAACCGGGAGAGCUUCAUCAGCGUGCUUAGAAUCGUCAGACGAUGGGCCAAACGACGCGGGCUGUACUCGAACAAGAUGGGAUACCUCGGUGGUGUCAAUUGGUGCAUCUUGGUGUGCUUCAUCAACCAGCUGUACCCGACAGCGGCACCCUCAACUUUAUUGCUGCGUUUUUUCAUGGUGCUGAACAACUGGAAGUGGCCGCUGGCCAUCCAACUGUGCAAAACCCACGAUGCCAACCUCGGCCUGGAAGUCUGGAAUGCUAAUGCGGGCCACAACCGUUACCAAGUGAUGCCGAUCCUGACGCCGGCGUACCCGUCGAUGAACUCUUCGUUUAAUGUAUCGACGCACAGUCUGGCGGUGAUGAAGGAAGAGUUUAAGCGCGGCUUGACCAUUGUACAGGACGUGCUUAGCAAGGGUGGAUCGGAAUGGGGACCGCUGUUCGAGCCUUCUGAAUUUUUCGCCAUCCACCAACACUACCUCGCAGUCGAGGUGUACACAGAGAACCAGGAAGAGGAGCAGGCAUGGUGCAGUUUCUGCGAGUCCCGUAUGCGCAAACUGGUGGAGUCGUUGGCGUAUAACCCAGCGCUAUGUCGCUUGCGUGUGUUCACAAAGAAAUUUCCCCUGACUUACGUGACUGGUGGCGAACCUCCGGCUGGUGAACAGUCAAACGGCCAGCCCCCAGCUCAACCAAGCAAGUUCGGUGUCUGCUUUUAUGUGGGCUUUGAUAUUGAUCGUCGCCAGCUGCGUAGUCGUGAAGUGAGCAUCGAUAGUUCAGUGGAUUACUUUAAGAACAACGACCUCUACCGCUGGAACAAACGAACUCCCACUAUGGACGUGGGGGUUACUCCAGUAUUGUGGAAGGCGUUGCCGGAGAGUGUGUUCGAAGACAUGGGCGGACGAACUGUAGCACGUGUCGCUCGUCGUGAGUUCAUGAAGAAGAAGAAAGAAGAGGAGAAGAAGGCGGAGGAGGCUGCUGCUCCGAGUCCUCCGCCUUCGGGUGACGAAUGUACGCACUCGCAAGAAGAUGGAGAUGAUUUAACGUGCAGUCAGAAGGCUGCGUCACUUGCAACCGAGAUGGCGAGCGGCAAGGGCAGCAUUUCGCAACCAGGAAGUCCUGAUCCUGCAGCUGAUGGAGGUGACGUGAACGGCGCUGAUUCAGUCAACAAUACACCGGUGAAGGCGAAGAUGGUGGCGUCGACGACAUCGCCAGAAAAGACAGGUAAGCGUGACCGUGAUGGCAAAGCUGUGGCUGGAGUUGGUAGCCUGGACGGGAAACCGUUGGGUGAGAACUCUGUCAACACGUCGACAAAUGGCGCGGCAGCUCGAGGGAUGACUUCGCCGCCUGUAAAGGUGAUGAAGAAGCCUGUGGAGUUGGCAGCGGCUCCUGCAGCCGUGUCGUCGCCGCGCAAGAGACGUAAAAUGAAAAUCACUUUUGCCAAACUGAAUUGAGAAGGUUGCAGUGGUGGCGUGUGGCAAAAAAGAAAAAAAAGAAAAGAGGAACAUCAUGGCAUACCAUGAAGGAAAAAAAAAAGAGAAAAUAGUUCCCACAAAGAAAAAAAAUGUAGAGGUAGCAACAGCGGCAAGGACGUGCGCGGAUGCUUCUCGACAGCCAGGACAAAAGCUUAGCAGCGAGGCGACACUGGUGACCAGCGGGCUUUCUGAUUGAUCAGCGAGCGGACCUCAUGUGUUGUGUACGUGUCUCCAGGCGCGCGAACUGCCACCAUUCAAGACACUACAGGCGACGGCCAGCCCCAUUCCAGAUGAAGAUGGAGCACUCAAUUUUUUGUAGGUUCGGGGUGAAUAGAUAGGAAAACACUUGCGAGCAGAUCAGGAGAUAUUUGCCAUCUUCACGCAACCACUUCGGUUCAAGACUGCAAGGCAAUAAAAACUAAAUAGCACUAGCAAAACAGAUAACAACUUCUUGUCAUCAUUCACUUGGUGUUAGUUUGAGAACAGGAAGAAUGAUACCAACUUGAGCCAGAAGGUCUUUUCCGCUUCUGUGAGCUCAUCUUGGUCAAGAAAAGCAGACAACUGAAAUCGUGCUGGCGAUUGUGUGCCCCCUGCAUGUCGCUGGGCUUGUGAACAAGCGGCCAGCACUCUUUGAAACUUGGUUCUCCAGUCCUGCUCAGCAAGUCUAAUCAGUAGCGAGGACGCCGAAGGACCGCCGAAGUACCGCAUCAACACACUGACGAAAAAUCUAUCGACCACACGCUUCCCAUGCGAUGAACACGACGCAGGUUCCAAUAGGUGAACCCGUGCUGAAGCGAGAGAAGAAAUAUC